AUGGGAUUAAAGCCGACUUCCUCCAAUCCAAAUUGUUGCCUCUAUGGAAGAUGCAUGCAAAAGUUUUACAUGCUACUGCACUUUAUGUUGGUUUAUAUACAGUAAGUGCCUUCUCUAAUCGUCCGGAUGAUGUUUUUCGCAAUUUUAGAGGCUACUUUAUCUUCAUGGCCAUCAUGGAUCAAGAUUAUAUUCUCAUCGCAAUGCCGGUUAUAUGUUUUUUAACUUAUGCAAUAUUCUACGUUGGGUUUUGUUUGCAAGAGAAGUUAUUCUGCAUUCCAGUAUUUUUAGUGGACGUAAGUUUGUGUGAUGGAGAAUUUUGCAAACGGGGUUUUUGAAAAGGUUUUUUUAGUAAAGUAAAAUCAGUUUUUUACCAACAAAGUAGCAUUAAUUUGUCUUACUCCUCGCGCCAUGCAGAAAAUUUUAUCGGGGAUGUUGCGCGCCAAGAUUAAGAAAAAAUGGCAUGUCGCUAACAGAGAAGUUGCAGCAAAUACUUAACUAUGGCAUACUGAACCCACAGUGAAAAGUCGAAGAACCGAGCCAGGCCUUUUUGGCCCUGUUAUCCUGAAAUGCCCUAAAGAUAAACGUUCCUGGCAAGUGCUCCAAGUGCGACGCUCAGAACUGCAUGAAAACCUUUAUGGUAAUAUUCGCAAAAAAUGUCAUAGUUUUUUCCCAAUUUCGACCUAAAAUUGCAGUUAUUUCUUCUAAGCGCGAGUUAUCAGUCUUGCAUGUCUUAUAAAAAAUUACACUAAAUUUCAGCCAAGUUUUACAAAGAUACGAUCCUCGCACUUAGAGUACUUCCCUUAUUAGUUAAAUUUAAAUUCCUAUUGAUCCAAUUAGCUUACAUGUUCCAAUACUUCUCAUUUUCAGCUCAUUUCCAUUCCCUAUUUUUUCUACCUCGCCUAUUACUACUAUCAGCCCGCUUUCGAUGCCGAAGGCGAUCGGUCUCUACAUAUUAUUGCAUUUGCCUGCGCCUUGACCACGGCCAUUCUUAAAACCACCGUGUUCCCCGUGAUAUACCGUGCAUACAAGCUGCUGCCAUACCCGGAAGAUCAUGAGAUGGGCAGUGAUAUGUUGACAAUGGGAGUGUUCAGCAUCAUCUUCCCGUUGCUCCUGGCAUGCGCCUUCCUGACGAUCAGUGGAGGAAACAGCGGUGGCAGCAAUUGUGGCGGCUGCGCGUCGUCAGGCAACGGUUGCAAUUGCAGUGAUGACAGCGAUGACGAGGGGCCGAGAAUGGUUGGAGUCUCAACGAUUACAUAA